AUGGAGGCGGAGCGACAGUCUUUAAUCAAGAACAACGCCCAACCAGGGCCCGUUCCUCGAGCGCCAUGGGCCGCCGCCAGACCGUCACCACGAGAUCCUUCUCGGCGACUCCCACAGGCAAUUGCUCAUCGCGGCGCAAAGCUUGAUUGGCCCGAAAACACCAUGGCCGCCUUCCGAGGUGCAGUCAAAGCUGGUGCUCAUGCGAUAGAGACAGAUAUUCAUAUCUCGGCCGAUGGUGUUGCUGUGAUAUCACAUGACGCAUCCCUUAAACGCUGCUUCGGCAUUGAAGCUCGCAUUGGAGAGUGCUCGUGGGAGUACCUCAGCACUCUACGCACAGAAGCCGAGCCUCAUGAACCCAUGCCGCGGCUCAAAGACUUUCUUCAGUGGUUGGUUCAGCCGGAAAUGCAAGACAUUUGGGUGGUUUUAGAUAUCAAGCUGGAUGAUGACCCGGCAGAGCUGAUGGCUGCAAUUGCGAGGGAUCUAGACGGCGUCCAGGUACCUGUGCCAUGGAAUCAACGUAUUAUUCUGGGAUGCUGGAAUGCAUCAUUCCUACAGGCUGCGCGUAGUCAACUCCCAACUUAUCCGUUGGCCCAUAUCAGCACCUCCCUCUUAUAUUCACACCACUUUCUGCGUGUGCCCAACCUCGGCUUCAAUCUCAACCAAAAGACUCUCAUCGGUCCAUCAGGAAGACUCUUCUUACGCGAACUUGGAAAGACUGACAAGCUUCUUAUGACAUGGACAGUCAACGAACCUCGCCACAUGGAAUGGUGUAUCCGUCAGAAUCUGUGUCAUCCACGGCGCCGCAAUGGAAAAAUCGAGGGGCCUGCCUUGAUAGAUGGUGUCAUCACUGACAAUCCUCGUUUGUACCUCGAGAUGUGCAAAAAUUUUGAGAACGAGAUGGAUGGCAAGCUCGCAAGGCCAAAGCUAGCUCUCACUGAAAGGAUAAGGAAAAAGGCAGUGAUGGUAGCCGUCGUUAUCCUGACGGAGACCUUGAUGAUGGCCUACCAUGUUCUCAGAAGGAUGCAGGGCAAGUUUGAUUUCCUCCGAGACCGCCGGAGCCUGGAUAAAUAG